GACAUUUCGUUUUUGUGUUUGCCGCUGUGUUGUUGUUGAUUCUUGUUUCUCAAUAAUUUAUCUGAAAACUUCAUAACUAUGGGCGAAUUAACUGUUACCAAUUUAUUCGAAUCUCAAACUAUACAAGCAGACCACAAGGAUCUAAUACACGAUGUGGCCUACGAUUUCUACGGCGAGAGAAUGGCCACUUGUUCCAGCGACCAGUAUGUAAAGGUAUGGGAUUCAGAUGGAAAAGGUGGUUGGAGACUCACUGGCAGCUGGAAGGCCCACCAUGGAUCCGUGUGGAAGGUGACAUGGGCCCACCCGGAGUUUGGACAGGUGCUGGCUACAUGCUCCUUUGACAGAACUGCUGCCAUUUGGGAGGAAGUCGGAGACACAAACGCUAUGGGCUCAGAGAAAGGUCUUCGAACAUGGGUAAAGAGGUCCAAUCUAGUGGACUCAAGGACGUCAGUGACCGACGUCAAGUUUGGUCCAAAACAUCUAGGUCUUCUUCUAGUCACUUGCUCAGCAGAUGGUAUAAUAAGGAUAUAUGAAGCCCCGGAUGUGAUGAAUCUAGCGCAAUGGACACUACAGCAUGAGAUCCCCACCAAAGUGUCCAUCAGUUGUCUCUCAUGGAACCCAUCACUUUCAAAGGUAAACCCUCCAAUGCUGGCAGUCGGCAGUGACGAACCCAACACAACGAAUGCAGUCGUCAGUGUACAGACGGACAAAAGCACAGCUUGCAAUGGAAAAGUUUUUAUAUAUGAAUACAGUGAAUCGUCGCGACGCUGGACACGAACGGAAGUCCUGUCUGGAGUGCAGGAGCCGGUCAAUGACCUCUCGUUCGCGCCCAACCUCGGCCGCGCCUUCCACCUGCUGGCCGUCGCUACCAAGGACGUCAGGAUCAUCAAGAUUGAGCCUGUUGACACAAAUGCGUCAAACAACGGUUGUGGGGUGCGCUUCAAGACAGAAGUGUUGGCGGCAUUCGAAGAACACUACUCGUGUGUGUGGAGAGUCUCGUGGAAUGUCACCGGCACCUUGCUGGCUUCCUCGGGCGACGACUGCUGCGUGCGCUUGUGGAAAAUGCAAUACCUAAACCAGUGGAAGUGCGUAGCUGUGUUCAAGAAUGAGUCGCUGCCCGGGGCAAGCGCGGGGGGCGCCCCCCGCCCGCACACCACGUACGUCCGCAUGGCCGCCAUCGCCAACCCCGCGCACAUGCCGCAGUACUGAGGUAACAAAAACCAAUUGAGCCAAGUCAACAUGUUAAGGACUGAACAAGGUUUUAUUUGUAAAUAUAUUUAAUUUAAGAAACUAAUGAUUGAAGCUGUACGGUAUGUGUUUCCGCCAUUUCAGUUCUUGCUAUUGAUCAGUUACAUUUGUUAAAACUCAAAAAUAGAUAAUAAUCAUCUCAGCGACAAGAUAAUGUCUUAUCUGCCAUAUCAUCAUUUUGUAACAAUAAUUUCGAAGUGACUUAAAAUUAUUGUCCUGAUUUAUUAAUUUUGUAAAUUCUACAUGAGGAUUUGUCUUCAAACAACGUUUUCGUAAUAAAUUAUUUUUUACAAAGUCUUGAAGUUUUAACUGAGUCGAUAAAUUUAUUUCCUUGCGACUCUCAUUAUACAGUCUCUUUAAAGAAUCCACUAUAGAAAUAUUUUAAUAUCACUAUAACAUUGGAAAUUUGUGUAAAAAAUAAAAUAUACAAUAAUAUCUCAAUAAUUAAUUGCCACCACCAUGAUAAUUAAAUGCCACAUUAAUCAGUUUUAUUGAAUACACGAUUUAUAUAUA